UCCCAGAGGUUGGACCCGGUUUAACCGGUCAAAGUCCCUAACAUUACAAGUUUACAAUUACUAACACAAAACGGUGGUGCUUCGGUUUUGAUUCUUUUGAAUCGUUUCUUACAUACUCACUCUCAAGGUUUCAGGAUGGAUAAGGGAAAGAACCCUGGUAAAUCUAAAGUGGUGUCCAAGCCCGAGAAGAUCUACAGGGAACUCCGAGAGAUAAUACAAGAGGAGGCUCUCCGUUUCCUUCCUGCUAAAUCUCUUUGCAAGUUCAAAGCUGUGUGCAGAGACUGGAAUCGUCAGAUAUCAACUCCGUUCUUUGAACACAGUCAGUCAUUUGCUUUUCGUUCAAUCUCAGGCCUAUUUUGUCAGUCUCUUGAUGGUUCUAUCUCGUUUAUUUCCCUUGAUCCUAUAUCAUUUGGCAUCCCUGACCCAAGUUUGAAGUUUUUGCCUGAACCUGUUGAUUUGAUUGCUUCCUCUCAUGGAUUACUCUGCUGUCGAGGUCGCACCGAGGAAAAGGCAUAUUACAUUUGCAAUCCUGUUAACCAACAUUGGAAGAAGCUUCCUAACCCUGAAGCUAAUCAUGGACAAAACCCUCUCUUGGUACUUGUUUUUGAGCCAUCACUCCUGAACUUUGUGGCUGAUUAUAAAUUGCUUUGUGCUUUCCCUUCUACUGAUUUUGAUGGUGCUUAUGAGUUUGAGAUCUAUUCAUCCAUUGAAAACUCGUGGAAGAUUUCUUCUGAGAUUUGGUUUGGCGAAAAUGGGAGGAUACUGAAGACAGGUGGCGUUCAUGUGAACGGGGUUGUUUACUGGUCUUCAAAUAGUUAUUCGAUUAUUGGUUUUGAUCUAAAGAAACAGCGUGUGAAGGUGUUCUCAGCCUAUGAUAUGUACGGAUCUAACACCUUGUACAUGAUCGACAAGAAGCUUUGUGUAUCAAUUAGGAAAGGUUCUGAACUAACCACAUGGGUGUUGUCGAAUGAGUAUGCAAAUACCAUGCAUAUGGAAGCUAGAAGCCAGACAUGGAAACAGAAGAAAGUUGUGCUUAGUAAUGCAGGUGGUGAUAGUGGUGGUGCAACACAUGAUUCGGAAGGAAUUGUUUUGGCUGUGGGAAGUGAUGUGAUUGUGUACCCGAAAGGAAGUAAAAUAUUUAUCUAUGGUCUUAGAACUAAAGAAGCAACAGAGGUGAGCUCUAAGGCAGAGUUUAUCCUAGAGAAUGUUUAUGUUCCUUAUGUCAACAGCUUAGUGUGCCUUUAGUGACUGCAGUGCAUUAGACGGCGUAAGAAUCAGGUAAAUUGUGUUUAUUAUCGGUGUUUAGUGACCGGGAUGAUUGCGUAUGUAUCUACCCUUAACUUCUAUCCUGCACUUGUAGUGCUUCACAUUUUGCCUAUAUGAGAUGUUUGUGACCAUGUGAGUAACAAUUAUUAGAACGAUUUGUAAACAUUACAUGUACUUACAGAUUAUUUGCCGCUUUCCCAAGAUUGUUUGUAAGAUUUGGAACUAAAA